AUGCGGUUGCAGAAUGAUGCGGAGGUCGAGAACCAUCUGACAUCAGUUAUGGAAGCAGCAGGAUUGCCCCUAUAUUGCGAAGACCCUAUCAAGCAUUUGCCAAAACUGCUAGCUCAAAAGUUGUCACACACUCACACUUUGUGCGUGACUAACCAUUACUUGUUUUCAGUGAACUUUUUGCACUGCCUGAGGCUCUCUCGAACCUAUGUGCAGGCUAAAGGUUCUGACGCUGCAAUUACUACAGGCACUGAGGCAGCAGUUUAUGCAUCUGAAGCUUCAGACAGUAAUGACCUUCUUGAUGAGGUCCUUCCCGUGACAGUUUCUGAUUACGUUGAUUUAGUCAAAGCACACCUCUCUGCAGGACCAAACUAUCGGUUUGCAUCCCGACAGCUAUUAUUACUCGGUGCUAUGCUUGAUUUCUCGGAUACUACAAAUAGGAAAGUUGCAAGUUCUUUUCUCCAUGAACUUUUGAUCCGGCCUCUUGACUAUGAACUCGACGAUGAUGAGAAUAAGAUUAUAAUAGGGGAUGGAAUCAGUCUUGGGGGAGAUAAAGACUGGCAAAGAGCGGUAUCAGAAUUGGCUAGGAAAGUGCAUGCUUCUGUAGGAGAGUUUGAAACUGUAGUUACUAGCGUCAUCGAGGAGCUUGCUUGUCCAUGCCGAGAAAGAACUGCAGAUGUCAUUCAGUGGAUGCAUUGCCUCUCAGUAACUGGUCUACUUUUAGAAAACAUUGAAUCCUUACGAAGUUUACAUGGGAAAGCCAUAGAACCUUCUGAAAUUCUACAUUCGUUGUUGCUUCCAGGGGCAAAACAGGUCCAUGCUGAUGUGCAAAGAGUUGCUACUAGGUGCCUAUGUCUCUUUGGGCUACGAGAAAAGAAACCAUGUGAAGAUGUAGUUAAGCAGCUGAGAUUGUCCUUUAUUAAUGGUGCUAUUCCAGUCAGUCCAAUGGCCUGUAAGGCACUAAUUGAUCUUGUUACGUGGCAUGGCCCUGAGGAAGUUGACAAAGCUAUUGGGCUGGAUCUACAGAACUCCAGUGGUGAUGAAAAAAACAGAUUUGUUCCCGUGAACUUAACAGAUUCAAAGGAUGAUCUUAGUAUUGGAGUUCUUGAUCUCUUAUAUUCUGGAUUUGAUAGAGAGGAUUGUGAUGCAACCAUUGAGGCUGAUGAUCAAGAAAGUAUUCGUUCUAUUCUUGGAGAGGGCUUUGCAAAGUUUCUUCUUCUGAGUGAUAACUAUCCAACCAUAUCUUCAUGCUUGCAUCCUUUGAUCUUAUGCAAGCUUGUUACUCUGUAUUUCAGUGAUGAAGCUAAUGGUUUACAAAGGUUAAAACAAUGUUUGUCUGUGUUCUUCGAACAUUAUCCUGCGCUAUCUCACAAUCACAAGAAAUGUGUCUCCAGAGCUUUUAUUCCUGUUAUGAAAUCUAUGUGGCCGGGUAUCUGUUGUAACCCAGGAGGUGCUUCUGUUGUAGUGUCUAGACUGAGGAAGCGUGCAUUCCAGGCAUCGCGUUUUAUGUUGCAAAUGAUGCAAAUACCACUCUUCUCAAAUGAAAUUGAGGAACAGCAGUCUAGCGAGAAUAGAACUGAAAGUCCUCCCACUUCCGAGGAACGAUCACUUGAUUUUGAGAGUGGGGAAGAGGGUCUUGCCAUUCAAAUUGCUGCUGAGGUGGUGAGCUUUCCUGAGAAGAAGACCCCAGCUGAGAAGUCUUAUAUACUGACACUGUGUAGAGUAGCCGCACUGGUUCAGUUUCGCCCAUCUGAGCAAGAAGCAAUUAAAUGCAUGAGGGGGCUUUUAAAUGGCAUGAUUAUAGCUGCCUCAAGUGAUAAGGAGCUCGUAAAAGAACUAAAUCGGAUGGCAACACGUCUUAAAUCACUUGAUAAACAUCCAGAUGAAGAACUGUCACACGAAAAAGCUACUGCUAUAUUUGGGAAGCUAGGAUUGGAUGAAAACCCUAAAAUGGAUACAUUGACUACAGUACUGCCACCGACACCAGCACCACGCUCAACCAGAGCUGCUCCUUCCAGGAGAAGAGCAAGGCGUGAAGCUUCUUCAGAUGAGGAUGAAGAAGAAGAAGCUUCCUUCCCCCCUGCUGUUCCAAUGACUCCUAGCAUUGUAAGCAUGCGAUCUCAAAGGGCAAGCAAGACCAUGGCGAUGUCCAAGAUGACAGCUAAGACUAAGAUCGAGUUCUCAGAUGAGGAAAUCCCCGAAGAGUCAGAUGUGACAUCGGAGGACGCUUCGGAUGAAGCUUGUGACGAUAUGAGUUGAUUUCGUGCUAUUGUUAGAUCUGUGGUUUUUGUAUCUGGUUCACUAAGGAUGAACUAUGUAUUAUUGCUAAAGAUAUUUCAUUAAGGAAUCAUCCAUGACGUUGGAUGUAAAUCUAGGCUAUGUGUUUGAUAAUACGCCUGCAUUGUCUUGGGAGGGUGGAAGUUCAAAAGAAAAUAUUCGGAAGUGUGUAAUGUUGUUAAUGCAUUCAAAAUGCAUAAAAGGAUGAAUUCUGUAUUAUUUCAAAGUUGAUUUAGUUGUAUUCGAUGGGGUUCAUAUUCGGUA